AGUAACGGUUUGAAAUCCCACCUUAAAACGAAUAAAUUAAAUUUUGAAAAUUUCAUAUAAAAGAUCUAGUUACUUGCACUAUCAGCAUCAGUUCCACUGAAACAUCUUACAAACUAAGAGGUGUCCAAAUCUUAAACCCAGAAAUCACCAUGUUCAAGAUUAUCGUUUUGGCUGUCGUCAUCGGAUUAGCUGCUGCUCAGUACCGACAAGUAUACAAUAGCGCUGAAGCUGGCGCACAAAUCCGUAGCUUCGCCAGUGAUAUCAGCCCCGAUGGAUCCUACCGAUACUCUUUCGAUACCACCAACGGAAUCGCCGCUCAAGAGCAAGGAGUAGGUGGACAUCAAGCACAAGGAUCAUACUCUUAUGUCUCGCCCGAAGGUAUCCCAAUCCAAGUUUCCUACACCGCCGAUGAAUACGGUUUCCAUCCAUCUGGCACAAACAUCAGACAUUAAGUGAACAUAGUGUUCGAUUGUUUGGACACCUCAAAAUUUUAAUAAAAUAUUUAUUUUUUUAUCUUUAAA